GUUGUCAGUAUUUAAACAGAGCACAUCAUGCGUGAGUACAAGCUAGUGGUCCUUGGUUCAGGAGGCGUGGGGAAGUCUGCUCUGACAGUUCAGUUUGUUCAGGGAAUUUUUGUUGAAAAAUAUGACCCAACGAUAGAAGAUUCCUACAGAAAGCAAGUUGAAGUAGAUUGCCAACAAUGUAUGCUGGAAAUCCUGGAUACUGCAGGAACAGAACAAUUUACAGCAAUGAGGGAUUUGUAUAUGAAGAAUGGCCAGGGGUUUGCACUAGUCUAUUCAAUCACAGCUCAGUCUACGUUUAAUGACCUACAGGACUUGAGAGAACAGAUUUUACGGGUUAAAGACACAGAAGAUGUUCCAAUGAUUUUGGUUGGCAAUAAAUGUGACCUUGAAGAUGAGCGGGUAGUUGGCAAAGAACAAGGCCAGAAUUUAGCAAGACAGUGGUGUAACUGUGCCUUUUUAGAAUCUUCUGCAAAGUCAAAGAUCAACGUUAAUGAGAUAUUUUAUGACCUGGUCAGACAGAUAAAUAGAAAAACACCAGUGGAAAAGAAGAAGCCUAAAAAGAAAUCAUGUCUGCUGCUCUAGACUUGAAGUCAGCAGCAGCUCUGAGCCAGAUUACAGAAAUGAAGAACUGUUGCCUAAUUGGAAAGUGCCAGCAUUCCAGACUUCAAAAACUAAAUCUGAAGAGGCUUCUCCUGUUUUAUAUAUUAUGUGAAGAAUUUAGAUCUUAUAUUGGUUUGCACAAGUUCCCUGGAGAAAAAGUUGCUCUGUGUAUAUCUCCUGGAAAUAAGACAUAGUAUUUCUCCUUUGCAAUAGCAGUUAUAACAGAUGUGAAAUAAGAUACUUGACUCUAAUGCAGUUAUACAGAAGAGCAUGGAUGCAUUUCAAAUGUUAGAUGUUACUACUAUAAUCAGAUGAUUUCAUAUCGGCCUUUUUAUCAUGACUCCUCCCUAUCAAGCACUAAAAAGUUGAACCAUCAUACUUUAUAUCCAUAAUGAUAUAGAUUAUGAAAUAUCCUCUCAAACUCAUUGCAGCAGAUAACUUUUUUGAGUCAUUGACUUCAUUUUAUAUUUAAAAAUUAUGAAAUAUCAUCUGUCAUAUUCUAAUUAAAAUUGUUUGUGCAUAAUGCUUUGGAAAAAUGGGUCUUUUAUAGGAAAAAACUGGGAUAACUGAUUUCUAUGGCUUUCAAAGCUAAAAUAUAUAAUAUACUAAACCAACUCUAAUAUUGCUUCUUGUGUUUUACUGUCAGAUUAAAUUACAGCUUUUAUGGAUGAUUAAAUUUUAGUACAUUUUCA